AUGAAUGAGGAAAUUUUCUCAGUAAUGGAACAGUUGAAGAUGUUCGAAUACUCUUCUGAAACAAUAGACAUUGUUACACAUGGUGAAAUAGGCGAACCUGACACGGCCAUGGAAAAUUCAAUAAAUAGUGCAACGGAAGAUCCAUCAGUUAUCACAAAAUUAUACGAUUUACUGCAAAAACUAACUGAAAGUAACAAAGAGCAGGAGUUUUGGGACCAAUUAACUGAAGAAGGACGUUCUCCAAAUAUUUUUCAAGUAUUUUGUGCAGCCAUGAUCACCCAAGAUGGCGAACUUCGUAAGAAUGGAGCAGUUUUAUAUGCAAAAAUGUUAACGAUGAUUCCAAUUCAAAAUUUAUGGAAUCCAAUUUUGUUUAACACUUUACUUACGAUUAUGAUGAAUGCAUCACAAAUUGUAGAAGCAGGAAAAGCAGCUUCUGAUUCGGAAAAAGAAACAUUAUUACUCUCCGUUACGUUAUUAAAAAUUUUAACGAAAUCUAUCUGCCCACAGUUUAUUGAAUGUGCUCAAAUUGAUGGUCUUAUCGCUCUUACAGAACUUUCAUUCAAAUUAUCCUGCGCAUAUACCGAAGAAUUUGAUGAUUUUUCAAGAAUGAUGAUUCCUGUUUCAAAAGACUUCCUUGAAACAGCAUCUGUCAACUACUUAGAAUAUAUACUUCCUUAUCUUGUCAAUACCUUACUUUUAGAGUUUUUACCAUCAAAUCGAAAAGUUACACAGCGAGUUUCCAAGAUUCGUGAUGUUUUCCUUACAUAUGCCAAAGACAAACUAGAAACACAUCCUUCAAUGCUUCUAUUAGUCAUCAAACAUCUUCUUUUACGUUCAACAGAAAGAGCAACAAUUCGAGAAAAUUGUUGUUACUGUGUCCACUUUCUUUACAGUUAUUUACAUGACAAAGAUCCAUUGUACAAGUUCCUUACAGCUAUGAUUCGCUCCCCCAAGUCUGCCUACAGGACUCUUGCCUUAGAUAUCACGAGAACAUUCUUAGAAGCACAAGAAACAAUUGAAAAAAUGUCUCCUGAAACAAUUGUUUCUUUAACAAGGACUUUAUUCAUGGGUGUUAAUGAUUCAGUUGCAGGUGUUAGAGCAACAACAUUAGAUACAAUUGCUUCUAUAAUAGGAAUGCUUCCUUCCAUGCCAAACAGAGAUGAAGUUGAAACUUCCAUUGGUUUACCAGAUACAUUGUUAGAAAAACUCGAAAGAAGAGUUGUUGAUGAAAAACUUGUUGUUAGAAAAGCAUCAUUAAGGUGCAUAAAAGCUAUAUUACCUUUGAUGCAAAGAGAUCCUUAUACAGUUAUUAAGUUAAUUGCAGAUAGAACAAGAGAUCACUCAAUAUCUUUGAGACAAGAAGCUGCAAAAAUUUUGACAACUUGUAUAAACGGAAUGAAAACAAUUCGUGCUUAUUCCAUAUGGUUUGACUCAUUGUUGCCUCUUUGUAUGGAUGUAGACAGCAAGACACAGUUACUAGCAUUGAGUUUAGUUGAUAAAAACUAUUUGUCUAUUCUUGGAACAGAAGAUGGAAUAACAAUGACAGAAAGUUUAGAUCCAAUACACAUGGAUUUAAUGAGUCGCGUGAUUCCUGUUUACAAACAGUGCAGCACAAACUUGCAGCCGUUCUGCAGAGGAGUACAGAAGUUGUUGAGUUCAAAUAUCAAUGUAAAUAUAUGGAACAUUGCUUGUUAUUUGAUGUCAGAAACUCCUGAACAUUUCAACACAAAGAAAUUAGAAGAUUUGUGGUCAGAAAGAGAAAAUUUACCUGUUGAAUAUUAUAGAUUGAUUUCUCUUUCGAAGACAAAUGAGAAGACUAUUCUUAAUGACUCUUUGGAAUUAUUAAACAGUGUUGCUGCUAAUGAUAAGUCCAUUACAGAACCAGAAGAUGUGUUUAACUGGAUCCACUCUUUAGUUAACAUUUGUAGAAAUAUUUCUGAAGAUAUUUCUGCAAAAUUCACUUCACUUUUGCAGCAAUUGAAUGAAAGGAUCAAUAAAUUUGCUGAAGAUCCAAAUACAAGAACAGAUGAACUUGAGCAAAUCACAACAGGUUUGUUCUUGAUGGGAGAAAUAAUGAAAGAUGUUCCAUCAAUAAUGAAUUUUGAUUUUACUGGAUGUCAACUAUUGAUUUCAGAACAUCUUCCAAACGAAACAAUUAUUUCAUCAAGAGUUCGUGCAAUUGCAACAAUAACACUUGGAAAAUUAUGUUUAGUUAGAAGAGAUAUUUCUUCUUCUUUCGUUGCAGCGUUUGCCAAACAAUUAAGAAGUUCUGAUGCCCCUGCUGUUAAAUGCAAUUGUUUAAUUGUUCUCUGCGAUUUAUGUGUUAAAUACACAAGUACUGUAGAUCCUUAUGUCCAAGAGAUGACAUUAUGUUUCGUUGACAAAUAUCCAAUUGUUAGACGUCAAUCUUUGCUAAUUUUGACGAGAUUAAUCACAGAAGAAUUCAUUAAAAUGAGACCGUUGAUGUUCUUUAGAUUCAUUUCUGCAUUAACUGAUGCGAAUAGAGAAGUCUCCAAGUUUGCUAAGUCAUGUCUUUUCGAUGUUCUUCAUAGGAAGAUUCCGAAAUUAUUAGUCCAGAAUUUCAUUGAUUCUUUGUUUUAUUUCAAUGAUAUGAUUGAACCAUCAACAAUCAACGAAAAUCCAGAUUUCCAUAAUAGUUUCAAGAUCAGCGAUGCCAAAACAAGGAGAAAGGCAUUCUGCAACUUGAUUUCUCAUAUGCCAGAUGACCAGUUGUUUGAUAUCAUUAACAACCUUGGAGCUAAAGUCCUCCAGAAGUUUAUUGACGAACAAAUUAAAUUGGAAGAUGGUGAAAAUCUUCUUUCUGACACUAUUUUCUGCAUGAUCAAGAUAGAAGAUCAAAUGGAAGCUAUCAAUGUUAAUGAAGCAAGUAUUGAUGACCCAGCAGGUGUUGCUGUUAUGGAACAGAGCAGAAAGUUCAUGGAGAUAUUCCACAACCAAUUAAUUGACAAGAUUUUGCCAACAUUGAACGAAAUGAAUAAAUUGUUGAGAAGAAAGAACUCUCCAAUGCAGUCAGAACUCAGAAUAUUCUUCAGAAAGUUGUGCGAAAAGAACGCAGAUCUUAUUGAAGAGCUCAAGACUAAAGAGCCAAUCCUUGCUGCUGAAAUCGAACAUGACUUGAUCGCAUCGAGAUCUCCACUCAUCCAACAACAGGAGGAAGAGGAAUCCUUGUCACCUUCACCACAACAAACACCUUUGAUGCCUUUCAAGUCUCCACUUCUUUCGAGAAUUAUCAAUACACCAAGAAUGUCUCUUGUCACAGCAAGUGCAAAUGCAUCUCCAAUGUCUGUUGUUCCUCAGAGAGCUCUUUUGGAUCCAACUCAGAAAAGAACACCAAUUCCAUUCAACUUGGAUGAAGAUGAGUAA